UCAGUCGUCGAAGAAAUAGCAAUCCGUGAAGAUGAUGCUGAGGUCAAGUGUAACUCUUUUAAUUUUGGGUAUUUGUAAAUUCACUGUUAAGGCCGAUUUUUCACCUUUCGAUAUUGUUGACGAAUACGUUAAACAAUUUAGAUCUGGUAUCGGUAGUUUGUGUCAAUGGUCUGACACUUAUAAAUACGAACAGAAGAAUUAUGAAAAGUCGACAUUCAAUAAUACUUUGGCAUUGGGAGAUGCCGAAGAAUACGACUUCGUGAUAGUAGGAGGUGGUACCGCUGGUCUUACACUCGCUCACAGAUUGUCAGAAGAACCAAGAUGGAAGAUAUUAGUACUAGAAGCAGGAGGCUUGGAAACGCCAAUAACAGAAGUACCGGCUAUGCAGCCGCAGCUGCAAACAACCGGAUACACUUGGGGAUAUAAGACAUGUGCCCAAAAACACGCCUGUUUAGGUUCUGUUGAUAACAAAUGUUUAGUAGUUAAGGGGAAAGCACUAGGAGGAGAUACGGCCAUAAACGAUUUGUUAUACACAAGAGGACAUCCCAGAGACUACGACAUCUGGGCUGAUAGCGGAAUGAGAGGCUGGUGUUGGGAAAAUGUUUUACCAUAUUUCAGAAAAAUUGAAGAUGCUUGCGUCGAAGAUAUGGAUAAAAAAUUCCGUCAUUAUGGUGGCCCAAUUCAUUUGGAGAAUCUGUACCCAAGUGACCCGAUUUUAGCCGAACAUUUCCUCGAAGCAGGUUUGGAAUGCGGUUUGGAUCGCAUCGACUACAACGGUAGAGAUCACAUCGGUUUGGGUUUACCGCAAGUUAUAACGAAACAAGGAAAACGUCAUAGUGUAGCUAAGGCUUACUUAAAACCUAUUUUACAAAGAAAAAAUUUGGUAUUAUUACCUAACAGUCAAGUCGUCGAAGUACUCAUCAGCGAUAUUACCAAAGAAGCUAACGGAGUUGCUUAUAUUCACGAUGGAAAAGUCUUCCUAGCAAAAGCUACUAAAGAAGUUAUUCUAUCAGCCGGUGCUAUAAAUAGUGCCCAACUUCUGAUGUUAUCUGGUGUCGGUCCAAAAGAAGAUCUAAAGCAUUUCGAAAUCGAGCCCAUAGCUGAUUUAGCAGUAGGGAAGCAACUCAAAGAUCAAGUUUCCUUCGUCGGUCUCAACUUCGUGUACGAUCCCUUGCACGUGAAACACGCAAUUGAAGAUUCCAUACAAUCCAUUCAAACUGUCGAGACAUCCGAUUCGAUAGAAAGACGCAACGAACAUGAUUCCAAAGAUUAUACUAAAGAAAAUAAUUAUAACAGUAAAAGUCACCACAAUUACCAGAAUAUUAAGGACGAUUACCAUCACAAAAAAGAUCCUGCUAUUGAAAUCGCUCACAUAUCGGAAGGGCGUUUUCAUAAUAAAAAUCAUCGAUUCAUUCCCCAAAUAGGAAAAGAUUAUGAGAGUGAAUUUUACCACAAACAUGGAGGUAUUAAAGACGAAAAUAACGAAACGAGUACUGUUUCUAAAUUGUUUUGGAUUAACGAUAGUACCGACGAAGAAAUAAUUAAAUAUUUACGUUACGGAAAAGGUUCUUUAAGUACAACAGGGUUGCAAUUGGUGGGAUAUAUAAAAACGGAAUUUUCAAGGGAUAGCACGGCCUAUCCCGACGUCCAAAUAUUAAUUAAAAAGACCCAUCCCAAAGGAGGUUGCUAUCAUUUCAAAGGGGCCAAUCUACGUAAAGACCUCCACGACAUCUUCUGCAAAGCUUAUGAAGGUUUUAACGUGGAAAUAGUUCUACUGCGUCCCAAGUCUCAAGGUUACUUAAAACUCGACGACGUGGAUCCCUAUCAUCAACCCUACAUUAAUCCAAAUGCUCUAGGCGAUGAAGACGAAUACGACGUACAAACCUUAUUGGCUGGUAUAAGAAAAGUAAUUAAUAUGAUUAACGGCCCCGCUAUGCAGAAGCUUGGAGUUAAAUUGGUAAAAGAAAAAAUUCCAGAAUGCGAUCAAGCUAUUUUCAACGAUGAAUAUUGGAAAUGUGCUAUUAAGUACAUGUCAGUAACCAGAGGUCAGAUCACCGGCACGGCUAAAAUGGGCUUAAAAACCGAAAAAGACGCAGUUGUCGACGAGGAAUUGAAAGUAUACGGGGUGAAUAAAUUAAGAGUUGCCGAUGCAAGUGUUAUUCCGGUCAGUAUAAGCGGAAACGUAAUGGCUCCUGAAAUAAUGAUUGCAGAAAAGGCUGCGGAUAUCCUUAAAAAAUGUUGGAUGGUCUAAACAAAAGUGUCGUAGUUUAAUUUUCAUAAUUUUAAGUUCAUACAACAAAAAACUUUAUCUUCUCGUUUAAUAUAAAUAAAAAAGUGGUUCUUUAUAGAAGUUCACUAGAACAUUGCCCUUAGAGUUAGGUUAUUGGGAGGUCAGGAAUUGUUGAAACUACCAGCCAAUGUCCGGUUUCUUUCUUCUCCAUACACCAGCAGCAAUCCGGAUAGUUUUUAAUACCCACAGCGUAUAGAUGGCGCCUUAGAUACUCGUGUCCGGUUAAAAGGUCAGUCACCAGUCAAAUUUCGCCAUUUUCCAAGUGAAGUACUAGAUUGCUAAGGCAGACAGAAAAUCCAAUAAUGUGUGUCUCUGCUUUUCAACAAUUUAAGCAGAAUUUCUUUUGAGAGCAGACUACUUUCCAUCCAUCUUGGAAGACUAUAGCAUGUACAUCAAGCUAGAAAAUUUGCUUACUGUAAGUGGAAGCCUGCUCCGGCCACGCCAUUCAUCCAAGAGCCGUACAUGUACAAGGUAGCUCCAUUAUUUAGUAUCGCCAACUUAAACUACUCCGGCUAUUGUUUACUGCAACGAGUGCCUUCAAGCUCUUAUUAUUAAGAGUAGCCUGUAGUCCAUAUAAACUGAAUGAUGUCUUCCAAAAAUUGCCUUUUUCCCGGUGUUUUUAAACAAGUUAGGUAUUUGCAGGACGUACCGAUGAUUUUUUAUUUAUUUUUCAAGAUUUCAACAUGAGAAAAUGAUACAUUUUCUGCAAAUACUUGCUGCCAUAUUGUAAAAAUUGACUGAAAUUGUAUUUGUAGGUUUUUCUUGAAUAAAAAAUUCAAUUUU